AUGGCGCUGGAGUUGGAGCCGUCCGCGGCUCCCUUGAGCUCCUUCCUGAGGGACUUCCCGGCGCCGCUGGGCCCGGGGGAGCCGCUGCCGUGGAGCUCCGCGGGGAGCGGCGCCCUGAGCAGGGCCGAGGUGCCGGGCGCGCUGGCCGAGCGAGCGAGGAGCCUCCUGGGCAGCAGCAGAGAUAUUUCACCACUUCUUGCAGCAUCAUUGAUCCAUGCUGCAGUUGAUGAAGUUCUCCAAAGAGACUUGACUGAAUUUAAGCUGCAAAAUGUGGAAACAGAGGGAGGAGAGGAGGAAAGGUUCACCUUGCUGGAUGCGGAGUCGCUGCAGCGCUGCUUUUUCAACAAGCUGCGGGACGUGUGCUCCGAGUGGCAGAAGCAGCUGCCGCCGCUGAGGCCCCCGGCCCGUUUCCUGCUGGUGUCCAUCCACGCCAUCCGCAACGCGCGGCGCAAGAUGGAGGAUCGCCACGUCCUGCUGCCCGAGUUCAACCAGCUCUUCGGUCUCCCGGAUGACGUUGAUCGCGCUUACUUUGCGGUGUUCGAUGGCCACGGUGGAGUGGAUGCUGCCAAUUACUCAGCAACCCACUUACACGUAAACCUUGGGUUACAUGAAGAGAUUGUUACAAAUCCAGCUGAGGCCUUGAAAUGCUCUUUCCAGAAGACAGAUGAAAUGUUUCUUUUCAAAGCCAAAAGAGAGAAGCUGCGGAGUGGCACAACAGGUGUGUCUGCACUGAUUGUAGGGAACAAACUGCACAUAGCGUGGCUGGGGGACUCUCAGGUGAUGUUGGUGCAGCAAGGGAAAGCUGUGACUUUAAUGGAACCUCACAAACCAGAAAGAGAAGAUGAGAGAGCAAGGAUUGAGACUUUAGGUGGCUGUGUAACCUACAUGGACUGCUGGCGGGUUAAUGGUACCUUGGCUGUUUCCAGAGCAAUUGGUGACAUCUGCCAGAAGCCCUACGUCUCUGGUGAGGCAGAUGGAGAUUCCUUCGAGCUCACUGGCUCAGAAGAUUACCUGCUCCUUGCCUGUGAUGGAUUCUUUGAUGCCAUCAAGCCCCAUGAGGUUGUAGACUUGGUCCUGGAUCAUUUGAUGCAGACCAAAGGAGUGGGGUUCAAAGCAGCAGAGAGACUGGUGGCUGCUGCCAAGGAAAACGGAUCCAGUGACAACAUCACUGUUCUGGUGGUGUUCUUGAGGGAUCCUCAGGACAUUGUGGCAGACUGUCUCGAAGACUCUAAGAGCCCUAGGGCUGGUGAUGGUGCUCAGAGCUCACCCUUUAACUUCCUCAGCUGUGAGGCAGCAGCCACACAGUGACAGAAGCUGUUUAGUCCAGAAUGUUCAAGUAAGUUGAUGUAAGGAACUGCUUUCCACUGAAGAAGCCUCUAAUACAGUGGGCAAAUUGUAUCAGGAAAAAAGGCAAAUGGAGGAACAUGGAACAAAAAGGCAAGAUGCCUUUUACUGAGUUCCCAUUUGUCUUUUCCUUCUCACUUUUUACCCCUCCCCUCAAAAAACACUGAGCAGACAUGGAGAUUUGUACAACUAUUUCAUCUCUGGGAGCAGACACUGAAGUGUGUCCCAGGGCUGUUGGUCGUGUCCCUCUGUCCUGGAAGUGGUAAGAAACCAUAGCAGGUAUAAGCUAAUGAAUGACUAUAUGCAUUUUAUGAAUUCUGAGUGAAAAUUUAAGUUAGUGCUUAAAAAGAGCACUGGAUGUUGUAUUUAACUGUGAUGUUACUUUGGAAGGUGGAGGGGAAAAGCUGUCCCCACUGCAGCAAAGCUUCCAGUGUGUGUUCUGUAGGAACAGGCUUGGGGUGCAGGGACUGGCUGACACCAGUGUGCUGUGUAAGGUGCUUUUGGUUUGUACCCAAGAUACUACAAGAAUGAUGCAGCCUCUUUAUUCAAACAGACACAUUGAACAUUUGUGUGUAUGGAGAGGAGAAAAUAAAACUGGAUGCUCCAGAAAAGCAGAAAAAAUAGAUAGAAAUAUCCCAGGGAAAAUGACAGAAAAUCAACUGCUUUCUGGGAUGCUCUAGUUUAUAAACUGGAAUUUGAUAUUUAACUGCACUGGAUUAUUUUUCCCUAACAUGCUUAUUGGCUAUUUGGUAACCUGAAAAGGAAAGACCCCUCUUGUGGUAUUUGAGAGAUAUCUUCACAGUUGGUGUGCUUAAGCAGGUAAAUGUGCUCUUCUUGCCACUAUUUUGUGUAUUAUAACAAAAGACAAAAUUAUUUUUAUUGUGUUUAUUUGUUAGUUUUUUGAACUUUACAUUUGGAGGAAUGUUUUGCAGUGUUACUUUAUUUUGUUGUGGUUUUUAUUUAAACUGGAAUUUUAAAGUGGCUCUGUCUUUUUCUGGUGUAAAAAAACUGACUACCAUGAAGUGCCUUAAAUAUUUCACCCAAGGAUUUCUGGCUGCCUAUCACAGUCUGGUGAGCCAGUUCCUAAUUUCUAAAAUGUGACUUUUUGUUUUCAUUGAUGCACUUAAAUGUUUCAGUUUGUGAAUUAUUUUAGUGGUAACUAGGUUUCGAGAAAACAUCUCUCGAAUUGUUGCCAAAUCUUGUGGUUUGUAGUAAAACCUUCGCUGUGACUUACUCCCCUGCCCUUUGCAGAAAGCCUGGAGAUUUAAUCAUAAAGUAACAAUCUGAGUAAUUAUUUCAUGUAAAAAUAAGUAACUUCUGGCCUUCACCAGAAAAUUUAGUAACACAAAUUAAAACUGUUUAGUAACAACAAUUUUUCGAAAUGGAAGGUUAAUUUGGCCACACUUCUUGAACCUUUUGGGUCUGGAUAACUUUCUAAGGAACUGUGAAGUUUGAAGGAUGAGAGAAUUGUACUGUUUAUGUGAGGGUGUUGCACAACUGCUGUGUUCAUGACAUGCUAGAGCCUGUGUUUGUGUUUUGUCUUGCUUGGCUAGCAGGACUCAAGAUCUGAAGGCUCAAUGGUAAAUUUGUUAUUAAUUUCAGUGUCUAAACACAAAGUGCUUUGCAUCUGGCAGCAAGAUUGUAUGCUGUGAUUUAGAAGCACAUGUCACUGCAAUAUGUCAGUCCUGUUGGUUAAAAUAUGGUGAGCAUUAAUGUUGCUUGGGGAGGAAGUUUAGGUAGAAGAGCUGGAAUGGCUCAGA